AUGGUUCGCGCUAUGGCGGAAAGCAUGGAUCAAGAGGAGGCAGCAGCGCCGCGAGCGAUGCAGCCCUCGCCGCAAGAUCCACUCAUCUGCCAUGCUCCAACCAUGCCGGCAGCUCGCAGGCGAAUCACCAUAGCCGUCUCUUCACUCCUAGCAUGCGCGCUCGUUGCCUGCCUUUUGAUCUCCCGGCAAGCCAAAACGUCCCUCCUAUCCGUGAUCUUUCCGGGGAGCAUCCUAGCGCGCGUACAACUCAGAGACUUGACGGCGAUCAGGAACGCAGGCAGCGAUGCCCAUAACACUGUAGAGUGGGGGAGAGACUCUGCCAUGAGAAAGGCAGCAGAGACGGACGUCGGAGUCCCAGGGUGGGAGCCAGGCCCCGACUACUACUCUACAAGGCGGUGGGACAACAUGGACGUCAUGCCUUCGCACAAGUCACGAUUCUUCGAACCGUACACUGGCAAGACAGGCUGCCCAUCGUGUGACAACUCUGCAUACUCCGGUCCUUACGUGAUCUCAGUCUCAGAUCGGUGUGACCACACCGCGGCGGUUUCUAACAUCAAGAUGCUGUUGAAGCCUCAGGACCACCUCGAGAAGAUCCCCAACAUCGCAGCCUCAAAGUACGAGGACUACACCUGGAUCGAAAACCAGCUAGAGCUCACGACGCUGCUGUACUCUAAGGUCAUCUACGUGGUCCCACCUUGCUUCUUUCCCACCAUUUCCCGCCAUGGAUUGAACAUCCUGGAUCGAUCAAUAUACACCAGAGGCAACAAUAUUCUGUUGCUCGGAGGAUACAGCGGAGCCGAUUUCCUCUCGAGGUUCCUUGCUGGCGAUGAUGGAUAUGGCUAUGUCAGAACUGGAAACAUAGACGAGUACUCCACGGAGAAGAGCAGGAUGGACGUUGUGUGGAGUGAAGGACCGUUCUACAUGCAGAACGAUGCUACUACGACAGAGUUCUUCUAUGGUCCGCGCUUGUUGGAAGGGUUGGGCGAUGCAGGUUGUGCGUGCGGCACUGUGGCGAUUCCUGCCAGUGAGUUGCCGGAAAACACAGUCUUCUACUAUAUGGAUCAGAACGACAAUGCUGUGAUCUUUGAGAUCCCGGCAGGACAAGGUCGUAUCCUAUUCAUUGGAUAUGACUACGGUGCGAUCGUUCCUCAUUGGUCUGACAUCUUGCUUCUUGCUGAAAGAGAACUUGAGCUGCCGGAGCGCAGCGUCUCUGUAGUCACAGACUCAUGA